GAAGCCACCUUGGUUAGGACUGUCAGGAAUAGUGGCUUUAACCGAAGAAAGGCCUGGGGCACGACUCCCUGUCAACGAGUUGCCUGCAUCCGAGAUAAAGAUUCUAGCUACAUGGGCAAACGCUUGGAACAGCAGCAAAUGUUCCCACAGUACACAUACUACUAUUCCCAUUAUCUCCAAACCAAGCAUUCCUAUGCACCACAUUGCCAUCCCAUGGCUCCUCCCAGCCCCAGUACUAAUAGUAGCAAUAACAAUAGCAACAGCAGCAAUGGUGAACUGUUGAGUAAAACCAACCUGUACAUCCGAGGCCUUCCUCCGGGCACCACUGACCAGGACCUAAUCAAACUGUGCCAGCCGUAUGGGAAAGUUGUAUCUACAAAAGCAAUCCUAGACAAAAACACAAAUCAAUGCAAAGGUUACGGUUUUGUAGAUUUUGAUAGUCCAGCAGCUGCACAGAAAGCCGUAGCAUCUCUUAAAGCAAAUGGUGUGCAAGCUCAGAUGGCUAAGCAACAAGAACAAGACCCCACAAAUCUUUAUAUCUCAAACUUGCCCAUUUCCAUGGAUGAGCAAGAGUUGGAGAAUAUGCUUAAACCUUUCGGACAUGUCAUUUCCACCAGAAUAUUAAGAGAUGCAACUGGUGUCAGUAGAGGAGUUGGAUUUGCCAGAAUGGAAUCCACUGAAAAAUGUGAAGCUGUAAUUCAACAUUUUAAUGGAAAAUACCUGAAAACACCACCAGGUGUGCCAGCCCCAACAGAACCUUUGCUGUGCAAAUUUGCUGAUGGAGGGCAAAAGAAACGACAGAAUCAAAGCAAAUAUAUCCAGAAUGGGAGACUCUGGCCAAGAGAAGGAGAGGCUGGCAUGGCCUUGACAUAUGACCCUACAGCUACUAUACAUAAUGGAUUUUAUUCCUCAACGUACAAUAUUGCUACAAACCGCAUGAUUCCACAGACAUCCAUCACUCCAUUGAUUGCUGCUUCCCCUGUCUCCACAUAUCAGGUUCAGAGUACUUCAUGGAUGCCCCAUCCAUCAUAUGUUAUGCAACCAACAGGUGCUGUGUUAACGCCAGCAAUGGAUCAUACAAUAUCCAUGCAGCCAACAAGUAUGAUGGGCCCCUUGACACAACAGAUGAGUCAUCUUUCCUUGGGCACUACAGGAACAUAUAUGAUGACUGCUGCACCUAUGCAAGGGACCUAUAUUCCCCAGUACACUCCUGUGCCUCCAACAGCUGUCCCUCUUGAAGGUGUAGUUGCUGAUACCUCUCCACAGACAGUAGCAUCUUCAUCACAGGAAUCCAAUGGUCAACAGCAACAGAUAGCUGUCGAAACAUCCAGUGAACAUGCAUCUACAUAUUCAUACCAACAGUCAAAGUAA